UAUAUCAUUUUUGUUGUGAUUUCGGAGUGAUGAUACAAUCAAGAUAAUUACAGUAUUAUUGAAUUGUGACUAUAUUUUUUAUAAAAAUGACCCAAGGGAAGAUAGUUUUAAUGGCUUGUGGCAGCUUCAGCCCACCAACUUACAUGCAUUUGCGUAUGUUCGAGAUCGCCAGGGAUUACAUUCACACGCUGGGCCUGGGCACGGUAGUCGGAGGGAUAAUGUCGCCCGUGCACGACAAGUAUGGCAAGAAGGACUUGGUGGCUGCACAUCAUAGGAUAUCCAUGUUAAAGCUGGCGCUGCGCUCGUCGGCGUGGAUCAAGGUGUCGGAGUGGGAGACGCAGCAGGAGGGCUGGACGCGCACCCGGCUCUCGCUGCAGCACCACCAGGACACAAUCAACCAGCACCUGUCGUCGAACCGCAGCGACGCCCCCUCGUGGCUGCCCGACGACAUGCUCAACGUCAACAGCCUGGACGAGACCGACAACCGGGUCACUCUCAACGGCAACCAUGAGACUGUGACGGUUAAGCUACUGUGCGGAGCGGACCUGUUGGAGUCCUUCGCUACGCCCGGCUUGUGGUCUGAGGACGAUCUGGAGACGAUCGUGGGGCGGCACGGGCUGGUGGUGGUGAGCCGCGCGGGCAGCGCGCCCGACAAGUUCGUCUUCGACUCCGACAUGCUGUACAAAUAUAGAAGAAACAUAACCCUAGUAACAAAUUACAUAGCCAACGAAGUGAGCUCCACCGUGAUCCGGCGCCUGGUGCGGCGGCGAGAGAGCGCCAAGUAUCUCACGGAAGACGCCGUGCUCGCCUACAUCCGCCACCACAGCCUCUACGGCGCCGCGCUCACUGAGUAUUACAACGACCUCAACAGAUCCCCGCAAGACGUGCCCAUGACGUCGCCAGAGGAAACCAGCUUCAAGAACAUACUCAUAUCCCUUCGAGACAAGCCGUCUAUAGUUGACGAAACUCUCACUGUCAAGAGAAAGAAGUCCAACUAUCUCAUGCCGACCAUGACAGACUCCAUCAGCCCUAUAGUCGACAGGCCGCGACAAGCUUACGUCGACAAAGUCCCUGUCAACUACGUCCCGGGGAAAGCUGUCAAAAUUGUCAGCGAGGUAAGCGACUACAACUCUCUCGACAGCUACUUAACCAAAGACGAGUGCGAGUACGAACUUUAUAGGAGAAGGGUAAGUGAGGGAAAUGUGGACACUACUCUUAAAGUCGAACCGAAGAAACGAUGUACGUCCACCAUUCGUAAGUUGAAUAAACCGGAUAUUAAGAAGAGUAAGUCGGAGGUGAGUAAGUUGUGCGAUAAGGUGAAGAGUAUAAAGUUGAAAGACAAGGAGAGUAGGAAUUAUAAGACGCGCAGUUGCAACGAUAUUGUGAGGCUCAUUCUGACGAAGCAUGGUAUUCAUGUCAUUAGCGAUACUGAGGCUAUAGUUUAAUGCUACAAACGCACAAAUAUUUGUCUUAACUCUUUAAGUAUUAUAUGACUUAGGUGACCGAGUCAAAAUUCGAUCAUAAACUGCGAAGAGUAUGCUGCAAUAGUUGGCAAUUAUAUCUCGGCAAACAAUAUAAACUAGUGUUUCAAAGUGAAAGUAAUUUUAUUGUAUUGAUGGAUUGGUUGGUCGAGUCGAUGUUAUCCUGUAGGUCUAAAUGUAAUCCCUAUUUCAUAGUCAGUAUUGUGGUAUAACCAAACGUAAUAUGCAGCUUUAAUAAUAUUCAUGUCAAGUAUUAUGACACUUUAGAUACUGUAAUUUUUCAACGAAAUCUAAAUAAAUUGUACCGAUCCAACUGUGUCAAAUGUAUGUUUGCUUAGAGUAAAUGUAUAAGAUAAAUCCAGGAUUUACAAGAUUAGUAUUAACAAGAUGUUUCUUUUUGCAGUGGAUAAGAUAAAUUAAAACAAAAAAUAAUAUAUAUCUAUUCCUUUAAAGGAUAAUGUUCCCAAAAAAUACGCUUCGACAGAAUAUGAUAAAAGUACUAAACGUUUAAAAAUAAUGAUUGAAUAUAUUGAAUAAUAAAAUAUGCACAAUUUACCUUCGAAAUUCCAAAGUGUAUUUACCUCUAUAUGAUUUAAUUCUAAUAAUUAAUUGAUGUAUCUCCGUUUAAAAUUGAUGUAGAGUGCUAAGUUUCAUUUUCAUAGGUAAAAAAUAAAUAAUUGCAUUUUGUUUAUACCUAAUUAUUAAUACAGUAAAGAUCUUGUAGUAUGUUACUGCGAAAAAGGUAUAAUCCGUAUAAUACAUGCAGUAUAAUUACUUUACUGUAUGAAAAUAUCUUUAAUAUGUAUAUAAACCGCCUACGUUUGGCGCCAUACGAGUUUUACCUCAAUGUAUUACUUAUGUAGACUAUUUGUUAAAUAUUAGGUGCUCAAAUAAGCCAAGAUACCGUACAAGCAUUAGCACCAAAAAUACCCUUACAUUACAUUUCGUAUUAGCAAAAUGAUCGCUCAAUAUUCGGAUGAUAUACGUUAUAAUAUAAAUAUAUUUGUCAAUUGUCAAUAUCGUUUUUUGUAACUAAGUAAAAUUAAAAAUACAAAAAAAAUAUGUUUUAAUAAUUCAGUGUUUUACUUCUCCUGAAUCAUGCUUAAUAAAAAUACUCAUGAAAGGUAAAGUCGUGAGGCAAAUUAUGUACUUAUUCUGUUUAUACAACCUGCCCUGCGCGUAUUACUUCUAUGAAAACAACUCAAGUUAAUAAUUAUAGCCCUACCUACGAUAUGAUAUUGACAAAUAUCUCAAUAAGCAUCUUUCAAUCAAAGAGAGAACUUUUAGAUAAAUAUAUACAUUUAAUUGUUUAUAGUCUCCGUGACCCCUCUGUGAUAGAUUUUAUACAAUUAAGUCCUACCGUGGCACAAAAUGAUUUGAUAUCUACCUAUAGCCACUAUAAUAUAGCCACUAUAAUGUAACAGUUAGCCAAAUUAUUAUAUAACGUAGUGGUAAUUUUACUUCAACUUCCUACUUGUUUGCUUUAGUUUAUUUGUCUACUUAUUUACACGACGUGUAAUGUUUUAACAGAUUAUUUAUAUACAUACCUACAUUAUACAUAUUUAUGAAAUUGUGUACGAUUGAUGCGAUGAACAUACGUAUUAUAUUUGUUUAUUGUUGUGAUAAAAUUCAUAAGCUGUGUUGUAUUUAUAUCAGCGUUUAUAAUUCUAGACGUAUUAUGCAUGCUGUUUUUUGUGCUAUAAAGUGGUACUCUUCUGCAUUAUUUACAUAAUAUAAAGCGAACGUAAGUAUGUUUCCUAACUAUUAAAUAUGCAUAAGAUGUAUUUGCCUACUCUUCGAACUCAAAAUGUCUUCCAUUUUAACCCAUUUUCGUUUGUUGUAGCUUUUGAUAAAAAUAUGUUUGAGAAUUGUUGUUUUGAAACGUGGUAACGACAUGUUAGCAAUAGCAUCGCUGGCUUUUGACUGCUUGUGCUCACACUAAAGCGAUGGACGGUCUGUCCGGUCCCUGUCAUUAUCACGUAUAAACUUGGCUUGGAUGCCCAUACAUGAUAGCCCAUAGUGGAUGCCAUGCUUCGUCCACACUGUUGACUGAUCAUUGGUAAGGGCAUUACCUACAAGCCUCAACUUUUUUAAAUUUACCUACUCCUUAAAAAAACAUCUCAAAAUACUAAUACGUUCUAAAAUAAAAGGAGGCACACUGAAAGGUCAGAGGUCCUCGUUGCAACCGCUGUAUGUACGGAGAGCAUAUGUUGCUAACCCAAA